AUGGAUGGGGUGCUAAAUGCAGCGUGUGGAAUUGAAGGAAACGCCCCUUUUGUGCUUUCCACUGGGCUGGACAGAUUCUACCCCUAUUUCGUCAAUAGGACACAUAGACCAUAUGCAAUUCCUAACACUACUGGCUUGCACCAGACCUAUUUCCCAACGGGGGACCCGUCCCUGGAACGACCUAUUCAUUAUCUUUUGCUCUGGGAUAUUCUUACUGGUGUGGAGGUUCACCAAAGAGACGUGAUAACGGUCUGACGGGAGCUAUAUCACCAGGUGGAGUACCGAUCGCGCAGCGGUAGACGAUAUAUAAGAGAUUUACUUGGAACUUGGGUAUCGAAAAGUAUGGGAGAUAUGGUGUAUAAAUAAAACAUGAACAACAUAUCCCAAUCCUUCCAUAGAUUACCACACCUAUCUCUAGGUCUCCACACAUGGCCCCAUUCCUCCGUACACUCCCGUGAUAACAAAGGAAACACAUGUCUGGAGAAUCUUCAUCGUAAAUUUUUGAACCUCCAUAGCGAUCUACCAUGCUCCUGAACUAUCCGUCGGACUCCCGAAACUUCCACAAUCCACCCCAAUCAUCCAACGUCCAUCUAGAACCUUCAACAUUAGUAACACAACUCCUAUGGGUAGCGUUUUUGGGCCAUGGCUUGUGUAAGUGCCCUUUGCCUUGUCUCGGAUACUAUUAUAACCGCAAACAGCGGUCUCCCCGCUGGGCCCGUCAGAGAUGCUGCAGCGCGAACCAAGGCUGAAGGGGAAGUCUAGCCGUGCGGAUGGUUCGGCGGUGGAGGCUUCCAACACCUCAGCACGGUUUCUGGCAAGAUCAUCCUUGACAAUGGCGAGCUCGCCUCGGGCGCUGCAGUCUUCCUGUCUUCCUUGGUGGCCCGAGAAUUACCAUUCAGCAAGGUACAAUACCCUAAUGCGCAGGAUGUACCGGCAGGAACGGCAACUCCAAAUUUACCGAUGUGCGCACGCAAAAGCCACGCGCUCUCCAAGCCUGGUCUAAAGGUGGGCCCGGCUCGAUCCCCGGCGUCACAACUGUCCCUGUAUCCGACGAGCUCACUGUCAUUAGAAGGAGGACGACAAGCCUGGACAGACCGAUCUAGGAAAUACAAAAUCAGAACCUCAUCAAGCAGUUCAGAGACUUUGACCAAAAGUCCCUCAAAUCUGCCCUCUCGGCCCGGCGGAUAACCACGGGGCUGUAGGCAGCUCCCCGGAUGAACCAAUCUUACCAACAAGAUUAUCGCCAAGGACUGGUGUUUUUGGAAAAAGCGCUAGGGGUAAUGUACAAUUAAAGGCGCUGGGUCUGGACUGGAAGUAUUUCUUAGCGGGGAUCAGUUCAGCAAUCAUCCCAUGCAGGUUGCCUGGGGUCCUUCGUUUCACCGAUCGGGGGUGGCUGCAGAGUGGGGUAGUUGUGAGUUCAGUGUGUGACAGGGGAGUUAAUUGAUCACAGGACGGAAUAAGCUGGAUCUAUUGAUCAAUAUGACUGACAAGGUAGAGAGGAACUAUGCGAAAUAUUGUUAAGUUUGAAGAGAUUUAGGAGAGAGAGAAAAAAGUUCGAGCUUCCAUGGCUUUCAUUGAUGCCUUUCUUUUUUGAUUGAUGGCGCUCCGUGACGACCCUUUGUAAUUUUCUAAAGAGCACAGUUUGUGUUUGGUAAGACAAUUGUUAUAGACAUUACUCCAUAUAAAUUAUCUUGCGGAAAUAAUCUUAAUACUGAAAUUUCUUUUUUCUUGA